AUGUAUAGCACUUGUACAAAAGCGAAAUGCGGAAAUUGUGGCAAGUUGAUGAAUCAGGAAGUUGGAUAUAAGAAACCCAAAGUGUGUGUUGGUAGCGGUGGUGUGUUCGUUUCUGAAAGGGCAACGUUUAUUGUAACCGAUGAUCUUUGUGUGAUGCCUUAUACUUCUGCAAACAGCAUUCGGUUGCUGACUGGUCUUGGAAUUACCGAUAAGAGCUGCUUAGAGGAUCUUAUGUUAGAUAUGGGCCGUGAACAGAUUGUUAAUCUUUUAAAGGUGGCCCUAUCACUCGAUGCUGUGUUCACUUAUUUAGUUUUCAAUAGAGUCGUUCCCGGCCAAAGCAGUAUACUUGAUCAAACCGUUAUGAAAAAAGAGGAUUCAGCAACUCCAAAGAUGCAUCUGGAAGUAUCUUUGCAAAAGUCAACUGGAAAGCUCUUAUUUGUAGAAGCCGAAGAAGAUUUUGUUGACUUUCUUUUCAGUGUUUUAUCAAUUCCUUUAGGAACGGUAAUUGGGGAACUGCUGAAAGGGGCUUCUUCUGUAACUUGCAUUGAUAAUAUUAUCAAAAGCGUUUCAAACAUGAGUGUAGGAAGAAGACACCUUAAGUCACAUGAUAUCAAGGAUAUGUUACUUAAACCUCAUAUUGGUCAACAGUAUUCUUCAAGACACCAGUUUUUUCCAUUGGCAUGCACCCCGUUACGUUGGAGGGAUUGUUUCCAUAAAGAUCCAAGGAUAGACAAUGGACUCCUAAAACAAUCUGGACUGUUUAUUGUGACAGACGACUUGAUUGUAACCCCAUCCUCGUCAUAUUCGACUCUGAAUACUCUAAACGAUUUGAAAGUCCCGUUUGAUGAUAUUGAGAAAUAUGAGACUAGCAUUGGCUUAAUAGAGGGCUUAAGAAUGCUGAAAGCAUCGCUAAGAUCUCGCUCCACAUUGACUGAUAGCCUCAGCCUUGAUAUACUCAUAAAGUGAAAAUGGAAAUUUGAAGUGUUUUAGUUAAAAUGCGUUCUUGGUUUUUGCAUUAUGUUCUCACCUUAAAACUUGGCUGUCGAUCGAAUGUACUUCAAGCAUGUUAUAUUGACAUUGGUUUGGUAUUAAAUAUAUUCUAUUAUAAUUUCGUA